AAAUGCACUGAUGAACUGUUGGGAAGGCUGAAGGAGGUAAAUUCGUUUCCCGCUAGUGGCUCACUGGUCCUGAGGUUUUGCUCUGAAGGAAGAAUGUACUGCAGUGAGUUUGAGCUGAAGAUUUUCUUUCAUUCUUGCAGCCAGGAGUGUGUGCUGUAACCGCUGGUCAUCUGAGGAGAGGUUAGAUGGGAAAACAGUCAUCAUCACUGGAGCCAACACUGGCAUUGGAAAAGAAACAGCCAGGGACCUGGCAAGAAGAGGUGCGCGCAUCGUCAUGGCAUGCAGAGACCUGGAGAGGGCAGAGGAGGCGCGGGCGGAGAUCUUGGAAGACACGGGAAACGAGAAUGUGAUCAUCAGGAAGCUGGAUCUAUCGGACACCAAGUCCAUCAGAGCGUUUGCUGAGCUUAUCAACAGAGAAGAGAAACAAGUGAAUAUCCUGAUAAAUAAUGCAGGGAUCAUGAUGUGUCCCUACUCCAAGACUGUAGACGGGUUUGAAAUGCAGUUAGGGGUCAAUCAUCUGGGUCACUUCCUGUUGACUUACCUGCUGCUAGACCUCAUCAAGCGUUCAGCUCCUGCCCGUAUUGUCGUCGUGGCAUCUGUGGCCCACACCUGGACCGGGCUUCGACUGGAUGACAUCAACAGUGAGAGGAGUUAUGAUACCAUGAAGGCCUAUGGACAGAGCAAGCUGGCCAAUGUCCUCUUUGCACGCUCACUUGCCAAACGGUUACAAGGAACAGGGGUGAGCGUGUUCUCUCUGCACCCGGGGGUGGUGCAGUCCGACCUGUGGAGGCACCAGCACCAGUGCAUCCAGGUGGCAGUGAAGAUCUUCAGGAUUUUCACCAAGACAACAGUGGAGGGAGCACAGACCACAAUCUACUGUGCUGUGGAGCCACAUCUGGACAGCCAGAGUGGAGGGUACUUCAGUGACUGUGCUCCUGCAAGUUGCUCAAGGAUUGCUUCUGAUGAUGACUUGGCCCAAAAACUGUGGGAGAUCAGCUGCAACAUGCUUGGCAUCACCUGGCAGUGAAUAGCUGCAAAUGGACUGUGCAGUGAAGGAUGUAUAGAGGUAUUAAUGUUCCAUGCAGUCCAAAGGUCAGUGGAUCACGACCAAGAGCGCCUUUAUUUUGUAAAAUGUCAAAAAUGAAUCAUACAUUUUAGUCAAAUUGUAUUUAUCAAACAAGAUUGCAUGAUGUUUCACCCAUAUGUCUAAACAAUUUGGUUGCAUUCACUGACAGGCAGAUUCAUUUCAGUACUUUUUGUAGAAAUUGAAAAAAUACUCUACUACUAAUGUUUUUACUGUACUUUUCCAAACUGUACACAUUCUUUGUUUAGCCAGUUUUGUAUCUUGAGUGCAGAUGCUGUUCUAUCUUGUUAGCUUGUAGUAAAGGCUUUAGCCAGCUUUGUUCUUGCAGUGGAUGAAAAUGAA